CAACAAUAAUUCAAUAUUUAUUGUCCAUUUUUUAUUUUAUCGCAUAACCGAAGCUAAAACCACAAGAAAACGUGCCAUCCUUAAUUCCUUAUUAAUAUUUUUACACACCCAAAAACCAUAACACCAAAACUCCACCUCUGUCUUGUGACUUGUGAGAGAAAACAAAAAUGGCGACUGUAACAAUCCCAGAAAUAGUCCCUUCUCCUGAACAAGACUCCGAGACCCUCAAAAAAGCUUUCCAAGGUUGGGGAACAGAUGAGAGAGCAGUAAUAAGAAUACUGGGUAAGAGAGAUGCAAGUCAAAGGAAGAUGAUUACUCAAACUUAUCAACAACUUUAUAAUCAAUCCCUCUUUGAUUCUCUUCGCUCUGAACUUUCCGGUGAUUUCUUGAAAGCAAUACUUUUAUGGACAUAUGAUCCUUCGGAAAGGGAUGCAAGAUUAAUUAAUGAUGCUUUGAAGGCGAAGAAGAAAGGGGUGAAAGAUUUGCAAGUUAUAGUUGAGGUAGCAUGUGCUUCUUCCCCACACCAUCUGAUGGCUGUUAGGAAGGCCUACUGUUCCUUGUUUGAUUGCUCUGUUGAAGAACAUAUUGCAUCAAAUAUACAACUUCCAUUGAGAAAGAUUCUUGUGCGUUUAGUUAGCUCUUACCGGUAUGACAAGGAAGUGGUAGACAUGACUGUUGCCAAACUUGAAGCUGGCCACCUUUAUGAAUCUAUUAAAAAGAAGGAAUUAGACCAUAAUCACAUUGUGUGGAUUCUUGGAACUCGGAAUUUAUUUCAGCUUAGAGCAACAUUUGCUUGUUAUAAGCAGGAAUAUUCUAAUACCAUUGACCAGGAUAUUUUGAAAUGUGGAAAUGGAGAUUUGCAAGAUUUACUGAGAAUCGCCGUCUUGUGCAUUGAAUGCCCUGAGAAGCACUUCGCUGAGGUAAUAAGGGCAUCAGUAUAUGGACUGGGAACAGAUGAAGAUUUACUAACAAGGGCGAUAGUGACUCGUGCUGAAGUGGACAUGGUAAAGAUCAACGAAGAGCAUAACAAGAUGUACAAUGAAAGUGUCGAGGAUGCAAUUAUUGGUGACACUUCCGGCCACUACAAGGAUUUCUUGCUUACUUUGCUUGGCAAACAAAUAUAAGCACGUUGAUUAGAUAAUCCUACAAACCAAUGUGGUCAAUGACCUGGUUUGGUUAUCGCGUUCUGUACUCCAUGUAAUGUUUAUGUAUAUGUGUGAUGUUUGAAUCUGGUUCCGGUAAAUGGUAAUUGAUUGAGCAUUCAUUUACUAUGGGAGACACUUUUGAAAUU